AUGCUGAUCAUGUGGGACCGUAACGACCCAUUUGCGAAUAAUAACGAUGGAAUCGUCAUCGAGGCGGCCCUCAUGGACUUCAUAGAAAUUCACUGCCCGUUUCAUAACCAUCACCACCACCAUCGAGACGGCCAGCGGCCAGAAUACAGCGUCAUUUACAUGGUUUCUCGGUAUGGCUACGAAAAUUGUAUUCUCCACGAAGAGCAGCCAGUUGGCCAGUGUACCAGUCCCCACAUCAGAACCACCAUUCGUCUCACGUUGAGGGAGUUCACUCCGCUUCCAAAUGGUCUCGAGUUCAAGCCCGGCGAGUCGUUCUAUUUCAUAUGUACGCCCUCGCAGGCGACCUCUGACGGUACCAUGUCCGGCCUUCACCAACGAUCCGGUGGUCUUUGUAGAGAGGAGAACAUGAGGAUGGUGCUGCACGUAUUGCCGGACUUUGACCUCGCCAACGUCGUACCGCACUACAUGCGACAUAUGUCGCCGAAGUUCCACCUCCCUCCACUUGUCAAAAACGGUCAAGACCUGCAGUGGAAGACAGCCGACGUGAAAGACGAUGACAACCAGUUGGAAAAGUUGGAGGAACCAACUGCUGAUCGACACGGCGACAAAUUUCCGACCAUCAAUACCGUCAGACAGCGGGCAACUGUUUCAAAUGGCGUUUUGUCCCGCUCUACCUAUGACGUCAGUCCAAACCUGAACGAUGUACAGCAGGCGAAGUUGCAGAUUUCUCUAAUCGACGACCCUCAUUCGAAGCCUCUUAUUCUGUACGAAAUCCACGAGGGUAAUUUUAUUUAAUG